UUCGGUGCAUGUGACUAAUACAAUUUGAUUUGGUUUGAUUUGAAACGCAGCGUUUCAUUGGAAAUUAAUGUAAUUCUGUUGUACCAAAAUGCAAUGAAGCUCUCGGUGUGUUCGAAGCUUAACAUGUAUGUGUAAAUUGAUUUUGCAACGCUCGCGCAAGUAACGCGACCGGUGUGGUCAGCAUGUUCAGUCAGACGUUCAAUUGUAGGUGACAGUAGCUCAUUCGGCUCAUUAUUAGCUCUUUCCACCCGCGAUAGGCUCCAACAAGUUUCCCCUUGCCUGUGCUGCGACCAACUAUUUGACUAGGCUACACGAAUGCCGCCAGCACGGACCGUACCCCCUGGACACGUUUAUGUGAUCUAAAUGCAUGCGGUUUUCUCACUAUCAUCACUUGAGUGAAAACACCAAUGGAGAGGUAACUGCGCUCAGAUGGUUAAGAUUGUGUCUUUGAUCACGAAAAUGGACACUGCUGGAUCAUUAAUCAAAUGGAAAACUUUUAUUUAUUAUCUAAUGGUUGUCAACUACAUGUUUUUCAAUGGAGUGCCAUUUUCCAAUAUGGCCGAUGCUAGCCAAGCUGCCAGCAACCAGGAGAAGUGGUCCAAUAUGACCUUGGUGAAGCGGCACCCUCUGUCCUCCUGGUAUCAUAGAUCUCAUUGGCAUGGCAACAGCAAGCCAGGCGCUACACAUUCUCCACAAAGACGCCUCACACCACUGUCCUUCUACAAACUUGUCUAUUCUUUUCAGGUGAAAGAGGACACACAACCAGGAACAAUAGUGGGGAACGUGGAAGCAGGAGAGCACAGCAAAGGAUCGACAAACACCAUCUUCUCUGUGUCGGAGGACGACGGGGAGGGCCUGUUCCUGCUCAGCCAUCUCUCCGGUGACUUUCUGCUGUCACGCUCCCUGGACUACGAAACCCAGAGACUCUACAUCCUGACAGUGGUAGUGAAGCAUGGGGCCUUAGGGGCCAGCAGAGUCAGGGUCUAUUUUAAUGUGCUGGAUGUCAACGAUAACCGUCCAGUGUUCAGACUGGACUCUUACUCUGUCUCUGUACCAGAGGACAGCCCUGUUGGAACCUGCUUCCUCUCUCUCAAUGUCUCUGAUGCGGAUGACGGUAUGAACGGAGAGGUGGACAUAGAAGUGACAGCCGAAGAUGGCGACACUACAUUCUCGGUCAAUCCAGACGGUGCUCUCUGCCUAAACAUAGAGUUAGACAGAGAGAGCAGCUCAGACUACCGUCUGACAGUCCAGGCUACCGAUCGUGCUCUGUCCAUUUCUAGACGCCUCACUGCCACAGCACGUGUUGUCGUCAAUGUAGACGAUAUAAACGACAACAUGCCGUCUUUCACGUCAGCCGGUAGUGUCACCAUCCCAGAAGACACUGCUCUCCAGACUGUUGUCAUGGUGAUACAGGCAGUGGAUGUGGACUCAGGAUCCAACGGGGACGUCGUCUACACCCUGGAGGACACGUCAGUCAGUGUGUUCAGUAUCAACCGUACUAAUGGUCGUCUGUACUUGCAGCAGCCUCUGGACAGAGAGCAGUUGGAUACGCUGACUGUCACUGUGACAGCCACAGACAGAGGCUCUCCUCCGCUGGCCUCCUCCAUGAACCUAGCAGUGCAUGUAGAGGACGCCAACGAUCACAACCCAGAGUUCACACACAACUACUACAGCCUGGCAGUCAGAGAGGAUACUCACAGAGGAACCAGCCUGUUGCAGCUCCGUGCUCUGGAUGGGGACAUUGGCUUUAAUGGACAGGUGCGCUACCAGCUGUCUCAGGGGAGCCCGUUCCUGGUGGACUCAGUCCGAGGUGUCAUCUCCCUGAUAGACAGGCUGGACAGAGAGAGAGCCUCCUUUCACCUGCUAGCCGUCACAGCCAUGGACCAGGGCAGCAUGCCCAGGUCAGCCACUGCUGUGGUCAACAUCACUGUCCUAGAUGUCAAUGACUGUAGGCCGCAGUUCUCUCCAGACACACUGACGCUCCAUGUGUUGGAGAACGGCGGAGACCCGUCUCAGCUCACCCGCCAGGUAACUGCUGUGGUAUCAGCUAGGGAUGAUGAUCUAGGGGUGAACAGCCAGAUGAGGUACUUCAUAGAUAGAGACUGGGAGGGUCUCUUCUCUCUGUCUCCAAACGGCACCUUUCACAUGCUACAGAGCCUGGACAGGGAGGUGACAUCUCUCUACAAGUUAGACAUCAUGGCUGUCGACUCAGGUUUGCCGCCUCUGACAGGGACUGUGACAGUCCACGUUGUAGUGGACGAUAUGAAUGACAACCGGCCAGUGUUUAGUGAGGAGGUCUACACCACCAUUGUCUAUGAGGAUAGCCCUGCAGGCACAGUGUUUGCCAUGGUCACUGCCUAUGAUGCAGAUGAAGGUGUCAAUGGACAAAUAAGGUAUUCCAUAGAGAGUGCUGAUGGACCCUUCUCUAUUGAGGACACGUCUGGGGAGCUGUUGACCACUGGCGUGCUGGACAGGGAGGCGGUGGCAAUCUACAGACUGACUGUGGUGGCCAGGGACACACACCCCACACAGCAGCUGUCCAGCUCUGUACAGGUGUCUGUCCUGGUUGCGGAUGUCAACGACCACUGGCCUCAGUUCCUCCACAGCCCCUAUGUGGCUAACAUGCCGGCUGGAUCUGCUCCGGGGUCUGUUGUGUGUGCGGUGAGAGCAGUGGAUGGUGACUCAGGGAUCAAUGCACAGCUUCACUUCGUCUUAUACGGGCAGAACACUGGCCAGUUCUUCAUCAGCCCACACAGGGGAACCAUUCUCACCACUGGUGCCCUCGCAGGGACAAACGACAUCACUAUCAACGUGCACGUGGAAGACGGGGGAGACAAUCCUAAAUUUGACACAACAACUGUUACCAUCAGAUUCCAGAAUGCCUCAGAGUUCCCCACAGUUGGUGUAGAUGUUCUCAGACCAUCUCUCUCUGAAGAGGACCCAGAGGGAACUUUGGUAGCUCUGGUCUCAGCCGGGACUUCCAGAGCAGGUCCAGUGUCCUUCUACCUGGUGUCUGGAGACUCUGACCACCUGUUCCGCCUCCACCAAGUCACUGGCCAGUUGACCAUCCACCACCCUCUGGACUAUGAGACCAACAAAGAGUUUCUACUGCUGGUGGAGGCCAGAGAUGCAGGCUCUCCACCGUUCUCUUCUUAUGCAGAGAUUCACGUGAAUGUCACUGAUGUGAACGAUAACGCACCACAGUUCACUCAGAGUGAAUAUAGGUGUGAGGUACCGGAGAACUCUCCAGCGACGUGGGUGUGUGACGUGCUCGCCAUCGAUGCGGACUCUGGGAGUUAUGGAAAGGUGCAGUACAGCAUUUUAGAGCGGAACAUUGACCAUGUUUUUACCAUCGACUCAGAAAAGGGCAUGCUGAGCACAGCAACGAGUUUAGACCGCGAGGAAAUACCUGAGUACAAUUUAACCAUCGUAGCUGCAGACAAGAACAACAGUUUCUAUAAAGACAUUGCAGUCAUGCUAGUGGUGGUUUUGGACACAAACGACCACGCACCUCGGUUUACACAGAUCUUCUUCACUGAGAUAACUGAGGAUUCUCCUAUCGGACACACCAUUUUACAGAUAAUCUCAACAGAUGACGACAUCGGUGCCAAUGCUGUGAUUACUUAUUCCAUAAUUGACCAGAGGGAUGACGUUCUUCCCUUCAGUAUUGAUAAGACUAGUGGGUGUAUAACAGUGUUGCUGUCCCUGGACAGGGAGACCCAGGACCAUUAUGUGGUGAAAGUCAAUGCCAACGACUCAGCUUGGAGCAUUAGUACAGACGUGACAAUAGACGUAACCGAUGUUAAUGACAACAAACCUGUCUUUACUAAACAGGUCUACACCGCUACUGUCACUGAGACCAGGGCCCAGGAAGUAUUUGUUAUGCGAGUCCUCGCUAUGGAUGCUGACCUGGGACAAAACAGUCAGAUUGUGUAUCUGAUCGACCCUCCCAGUGAGCAGUUCUGGGUCAAUGCGUCUACUGGGGAUAUUCUCACCAAGCAACCCAUGUCUUUACUAAAUCAGUCUGCCUCUCUGAGCCUUAGUAUUACGGUUGUAGCCUCCGACUGUGGCAAUGUUCGUUCAUACAGUAACUCCAUGGUCAUUGUAACCGUUGUUCAGUAUAACCACUUCCCUCCCAGCUUCCUGCCUUUCCCGCCUCUCCUGUCCAUCCCCUUUAACAUCGCCAUGGGAACCGAGGUGGUGCGGCUAACAGCCGUGGACCGGGACUCCAAUCGCAGCAAAAGCAACACUACCAUAGAAUACAGUCUCGCCGGAGGUAACGCAUCAGAUGUUUUUGUAAUAAACAUGGACGAUGGGAGACUGAUGCUUAAUAGGACAUUGAGGCAAAGCCUUAACUCACUGUUGAUGCUCAUAGUUACAGCAAAGGACCAGGGGUUCCCUCCUCUCUCAUCACAGGCUGUUGUUCAAUUUGAGGUCACAGGAGAGAAUCAGUUUUCCCCGCGGUUUUCAGAGACGUAUGCUACCUUCUCCGUCCCUGAGGAUCUGCUAGUGGGGUCAGUCAUUGGGAAAGUCCAGGCCGAAGACGGAGACGAUGGAGUCAAUGGUGUGCUCUCAUAUUCUAUAACGUCAGGAAACAAAUAUUCACCGUUCUCUUUAGGGCAGAGGUCAGGGUUGAUUACUCUAGUCGAAAGGCUGGACUAUGAGAAACAAAGAGUUUAUCGUAUUCAGAUCACCGCCAAAGACGGAGGCUGGAUCUCUAAGACUGGGGCGGUAAUCAUGACCGUGAAUGUCAGUGACGUGAACGACAACCCUCCGGUCUUCACAUUGUUACAGUACACAGCCUCAGUGCUGGAGAACUCUGCGGUUGGGACACCGGUCCUCCAGGUCGGAGCUACCGAUGCAGACUCAAGCGCCAAUGCAUAUAUCACCUACUCACUGAUGGCCAGUGGACACUCUGGACAGUUUGCCAUUGACUCCAGGAACGGCACUGUCACCACUCUGGAUAUCUUUGACUUUGAGCUCAAGCAGUCCUUCGAAAUAACUGUCAAGGCCUCAGAUGCAGAAAACCGCCAUUCAUUCAGCGUCGCAAACGUUUAUAUCCAAGUCUCAGGAGUCAACGAGUUCAGCCCAGCGUUCCUGCAACACAAGUUCAACCUGUCCGUCUCCGAGAAUGUAUCUAUUGGAACUAGAGUUGGCAAGGUAACCGCCACUGACUCUGACGAAGGCAUCGACGGACAGGUCUUCUACCUGCUCAUUGGACAAAGCCGCUGGACAGGCUUCGACGUAGAUGAACAGAGUGGAGAGAUCUACAUCACCGCUGAUCUGAGGAAGCAGGGCUACAGCCAUGCCACCCUGAGAAUCCUAGCUAAGAACCGAGGCGUCAUCACAGGGCUAGAUGUGGACGAAGCCUUGGUCCACAUCAAUAUAGUGGACACUAACGACCCACCAGAGUUCUCCUCGGGGCUCUACAGUGCGGAGAUCAGGGAGGACAGCCUUGUGGGGAAUUCUGUUAUCAGAGUGGUUGCCCUGGACCAGGACUCUGUCCCAGAGUGGAGCCGCUUCUCCUACAGCAUCCCGGAUGGAAACAUCAACUCAUCCUUCUUUGUAGACCCUGUCAGUGGACUUGUGUCUGUCAGUACCCCCCUGGACAGAGAACUGUGGCCCCUAUACAACCUGACUGUGACAGCCACAGACCAGGGUUUUCCGCCAGCCACUGGGACUGCUCAAGUUGUGGUGAUCAUUACUGAUGUUAAUGACAAUGCCCCCACAUUGGUCAACACACAUGGGCAGGUGAAGGAGAACCAGCCUGCUGGUACCAUAGUGGCCAGGCUCAACACCUCUGAUGCUGAUCUACCUCCCAACCAGGGGCCAUUCUCCUACUGGAUCGUCCAGCCUGCCUCAGGGAGGAGCUUCACCCUAACUUCUAAUGGAGUCCUUUCCACCUCCAGACCUUUGGACCGGGAGGCCAACUCUGUGUUUCAUCUGUCGGUGGUGAUCAGUGACGCAGGGACUCCUCCGCUGUCCUCCACCACAAAGUUUAACGUCAGAGUCGAGGAUGAGAACGAUAACCCAUCGGUCUCGAGGAAUGUCUACAUCGAGGUGAAGUACUAUGGCAGUGCCUUCCCUGGCGGCUUCAUCGGCGACGUCAGACCUGAGGACCAGGAUGUGGUGGACACAUUUAACUGCAGCAUCAGAAACGGACCUCUUAACAUGUUCACUAUCCCUGACGGCACCUGUGAUCUCUGGUCCUCUCCAUACCAGGGAGAAGCUACGUACAACAUCACAAUUGAGGCCACCGACCACCUCCACCCUCUCGUUAACAACAGUAUCUACGUGAACUACAAAGGCUUCACCAACGCUUCCAUGGACAGCUGUAUACUGUUCUAUGUGGCGUCCACCUCGGUCGAAGACUUCUUGUCUCUCAAUUAUUUGAAGUUUGUCAAAGCCCUGGACAGCCUGUUUAACCUGCAGGCCUCCAAGACUCACAUGUUUGGGAUUAAGCCUACAGGCGAUAAAGUCCUGCUCCUGGCUGCGGUGAAGAGUUACAACGGUCAGUACCUGAAUGGAGAGGUCGCCAGCAGUAUCUCUGCUGCCCACCAGAAACUUCUGGAGGCUCAGAGCAACAUCACUUUGUCCUACAUCACCAGCGACCCCUGCCUCGUCAACCCCUGUCUGAACGGAGCCACCUGCAACAAAAAUGUCCACAUCGGCCCAGAGUUGUUUGUCCUGGAGAGCCCGUCGGUCAUCUUUGUGUCGCCGCAGAAUGAGAUCUUUAAUUGUUUGUGUUCAACGGGCUUUGCCGGCACCCUGUGUGAAGUAGACGUGGAUGAGUGUGACCAGAGACCCUGCGAGAAACAGAGUGUGUGUGUUAAUAACCCAGGAGGGUUCCGUUGCCACUGUAAGAGGGGCUUCUCUGGCCUGUACUGCUCAGCUGACGUGGAUGUAUGCCUGGAGGUCCACUGUCAACAUGGAGGGACGUGCCUGAACACGGAGGAUGGGGUUCACUGUGACUGUAGUCCUGGAUAUGAGGGGGAGUUUUGUGAGCUUUCCGUUAACCACUGCGCAUCAGCACCUUGUUUCCAAGGCAACUGCACCAAUGGUCUGACAGGAUACACAUGUCAUUGCCCUUUUGGUGUGAGUGGCAUCCACUGCGAAGAGGACAGCUAUGGCUUUGAGGAGUUGUCCUAUAUGGAGUUUCCUCCUCUAGAUCCCAGGAGUAACUUCAUCUCCCUGGAGCUGGCCACGUUGCAGCAGAACAGCCUGCUGCUGUAUAACCCUGCGGGCCCGGGCAGUGUAGAGUACCUGGCACUGGAGGUUGUGAAGGGGAGGGUCUGUCUCUCAUACGACCUGGGCUCUGGAGCUGUCCAUCUGCAGACGGAAAGGCAGGUGGCUGAUGGACGCUUUCACAGCAUCACUGUCAGGAGGAUAGGAAAUAUAGGCUCUCUACAAGUGGACCACUGUCCUGAUGUGAUGGCUACUGGAUUUUGUCACUCUCAAAGUAAUGGCAUUGGCUCCAAAAGGACCCUGGACGUUGGCGGCAGUAACAUGACAUUUGGUGGAGUCAGGUCUAUUGAGUCUGUUCUGCUGCGGCCUGGUCAAGUCCAGACUCAUGACUUUGUUGGCUGUGUGAGAAACAUGAAAGUAAAUGGUAUACCUUUAGGGCUUACCAAAGCUCUGGCGGCCUACAACUUAUUGGAGAGGUGUCCUCGAGCAGCAGUGUCUCCGUGUCUCAGUGGUCCGUGUCUGAACGGAGGAGUGUGUCAGGACCUCUGGUCUCACUACAUCUGUCAGUGUACACACCACUACACUGGAACCAACUGUAACACAGAGAUUUCAGAGGAGCAUGUGUUACGGCUGGGCAGUAGCGGCUACAUAGAGUAUGUGGUCAGAGAGAGCUACAGGAGAGAGCAGCAGCUGAGAGACCUGCUGGACGAAGACAGAGGACAGACAGAGAGCAGGGGAGAUCUCUCUGAUAUAGAAGUCAAGGUGAAGACUGUGGAGAGAGAUGCGGUGUUGCUGUUCGUUUUGGGAAGGAAAGGACACUUUGAGCUCAGGGUGAUGGAUGGAAACCUCCUGUAUGUCUCCAGAGACAGAACGUCGGGCGUCCUCUCAGAGGUAGCCUCAGAGACCAGCAUGGCGGACGGGGACUGGCACGUCCUCCAUCUUUCCACAGUUGGACAGAGCACUGUUCUUCUGAUGGACGGACAGACAGUCAUGAACACCAGCGAUGACGGAGCUCUGGACCUAAGUGCUGUCAAUGUGGAGAAGAUCGUCCUUGGAGCGACUCCACCACCACCACCCCGAGACACGAGAAUCGAGCGCCCAGUAGGGUUCUCUGGUUGUGUGGAGUAUGUCCGAUACAAUGGCCAUUUCCUGCCAGUCAGCGGCUACAGUCUGAUAGUGGAGGUUUGGCCCAGUUCUACCCUGCUUCAGUCCAGCUGUGAGUCCCCAGGCUCCUGUGUUCCCUCAUGCUCCUGUAUUUCCACCACUUGCCCUGAGGAUGUCCCCACCAACGCCAGACUACCAUGCCUCUCUCUGCCCUGUCCCACUGCUCCAGCCUGCGGUGGCUCGGCUGGCACUAGGAACAGCUCCUGUAUCUGCCUCACGGCUGGCUCCUGUGAGCUCUGCUCCUCCCCUCCACCAGAGGACUUCCGGGGAGGAGCAGGAGUGUGUUCUGAUCAGGAGGCCCUCAGGGGCCCCUCCGCUCCUCUGUGGGUCAUCGGUGUGGUUCUCCCCGUCACCUCCUUCCUCCUCUGCUUGGGCCUGGGUGUGUUCCUCUGCCUGGGGAGACGCAAUGCUAAUGCCUGCUGCCACCGGCCACAGAAGCAUCAGGCUGACAGUGGCUCCCCGCAACGUGGAGAGGAAGGGAUGGACAACGGAGCGUUUUGUUUUGAAGGCCCGAGGACCACUAGUUCUGUACCUGCGGUGAGAGGGAAGCCACCUGACGUGAUCCGGGCGGACAAACCGAGGGAGGCUGUUCAGGACGGCUACAGUACAGCCGGUUCAAGUGUGGAGGCUGGUGGACGCAGUGAGAAGCUGGAAUACUACGAGAUAGACAGUGUGUUCCAAUCUGACACUGGCUCUCUAAGGCUCACUGGAUCUCUCCACAACACAGAUUGGGAGAGAACAGAGAAUGGAGUGAGGGGAUGUCAGAAGAAAACGCCAGGCUCCCCAAAUCCAGAUGACAGAAAGAGGCCAGUGGAGCUGUGGCAGAAGCCCCUGACACACCCUGACCAAAGAGUCUCCAGAGACGGAGGAUGUGGUAUGGCCAGUGGGCCGCUGAGCCAGGUAGAUGAUGAAGAGCAGCGCUUCCCCGGGAGGUUGGUAGUGCCAGGGCUGAGGGGUCCUCCUCAGUGUCUCUCUGUGGAGGAGGUGAGGAAGCUGAACAGCCCUGUGGGUGUUCAGUUACAUCAGCUGGCUCAAUGGCCCAGACCUGGCAGAGCUACCAGAGGGAUGGACAGUUCCUCAGACAGCAACACCCACAGCUCCUUUACCUGCUCAGAGGUCGACUUUGACAGGGACUUCUCUCUACUAAGCGCCCAGGGCUUGUUACGGGAGCGGACACUGAUCACCACCCGCACCCACAGAAAACCAGCGGAGAGCCUGCCUGUCCCUUCCCCAUUCAGAGACCCUGUGCCCCCCUCUCAGGCCCAGUACAGGACUAGGACGGCUGACUCUGGUGAUUCCCCUCAACACUGGGAGCAGCUCCUGAACAUGUGUGUGUGUUUCCACACCUACGCCCCAGUGUUUGAGGACAUAGCAGGGCUGCCAAUGGAACAACCACCUGACUGGGAUAGGCAAAGCGAUCUGGAGGAGAUCAUAUGACAGGUCAUGAAAAGAAAAUGGAUUUGAAAAUGUACAAGAAUUGUUUCAUUGUAAGAAGCUGUGCCAGGGAAUGAGUUUGCUUUUAUUCAUGCAGGUGUUUGCAUCGUAAUUGAGGGUAAAGUACAUCCCUGGCAAUGUGUGUUGACAGUAUUGUGGACAGCAGAAUGUUCUGUAUGCAGAAUGAUUAUAUUUAUAUUGUAAUGCAAUGCAAUGCUUUCAGACAUCCUAUCCCACCCAUUUAUUUUCACUGACUGUUGCAUUGAAAGUGUCUCAUGUUCACUCAAAGCUGUGCAUCAUUGUGUUUACCUUCCAUUUCGGAUUUAGAUCACUUUUGUCUCAUUUUUAGGCAACAGUGCAGUUGAAUACAGAAACAGUUCAGCACCAAUGCUACUGUUCUUUACAUUGAGGGAGUUUUAUUACGCUGGCCCGGGUUGAACCGGGCGAAAGCUGGGAGGGAGGAGCACCCUUCUCAGAUCUAACAGUAAUCUGCACAGCUCAGUCAUGUUGUCAACAAGGUAGCAUGGUGCAUCGUCCAGAAACAUACAUCUCUUUGCCAGAAUAUAAACUAGUUUUCAUUUUGAAGGCAGAUAAAGCGUUAACAAAACAAUCACAUAAUCUUACGCAUCACUCCAUCUGCUUAAUUACGUCACUUUUGUUUUGUGUUGACUUUGCCAUUGGCCAUAUCGGGGUACCUGGUUCACGCCCGGGGGGCCUUUUCACCCAAUUCAAACUCCUCCCACUGGGGUAACCCGGGCCAUAUAAACAAACCCCCCCCCCCCCCCCCCCAGUGUCAAAUGACUAGCUCUACUUUCUAUAGGUACGCCAAUCUGUAGAGCUGACUAGCUCUACUUUCUAUAGGUACACCAAUCUGUAGAGCUGACUAGCUCUACUUUCUAUAGGUACACCAAUCUGUAGAGAGAUGACUAGCUCUACUUUCUAUAGGUACGCCAAUCUGUAGAGCUGACUAGCUCUACUUUCUAUAGGUACACCAAUCUGUAGAGAGAUGACUAGCUCUACUUUCUAUAGGUACGCCAAUCUGUAGAGCUGACUAGCUCUACUUUCUAUAGGUACACCAAUCUGUAGAGAGAUGACUAGCUCUACUUUCUAUAGGUACGCCAAUCUGUAGAGAGAUGACUAGCUCUACUUUCUAUAGGUACGCCACUCUGUAGAGAUGACUAGCUCUACUUUCUAUAGGUACGCCAAUCUGUAGAGAGAUGACUAGCUCUACUUUCUAUAGGUACGCCAAUCUGUAGAGAUGACUAGCUCUACUUUCUAUAGGUACGCCAAUCUGUAGAGAUGACUAGCUCUACUUUCUAUAGGUACGCCAAUCUGUAGAGAUGACUAGCUCUACUUUCUAUAGGUACGCCAAUCUGUAGAGAUGACUAGCUCUACUUUCUAUAGGUACGACUAGCUCUACUUUCUAUAGGUACGCCAAUCUGUAGAGAUGACUAGCUCUACUUUCUAUAGGUACGCCAAUCUGUAGAGAUGACUAGCUCUACUUUCUAUAGGUACGACUAGCUCUACUUUCUAUAGGUACGCCAAUCUGUAGAGAUGACUAGCUCUACUUUCUAUAGGUACGACUAGCUCUACUUUCUAUAGGUACGCCAACCUGUAGAGAUGACUAGCUCUACUUUCUAUAGGUAUGCCAAUCUGUAGAGAUAACUAGCUCUACUUUCUAUAGGUACGCCAAUCUGUAGAGAUGACUAGCUCUACUUUCUAUAGGUACGACUAGCUCUACUUUCUAUAGGUACGCCAAUCUGUAGAGAGAUGACUAGCUCUACCUUCUAUAGGUACGCCAAUCUGUAGAGAGAUGACUAGCUCUACCUUCUAUUGGUACGCCAAUCUGUAGAGAUGACUAGCUCUACCUUCUAUAGGUACGCCAAUCUGUAGAGAGAUGACUAGCUCUACUUUCUAUAGGUACGCCAAUCUGUAGAGAGAUGACUAGCUCUACUUUCUAUAGGUACGCCAAUCUGUAGAGAUGACUAGCUCUACUUUCUAUAGGUACACCAAUCUGUAGAGAUGACUAGCUCUACCUUCUAUAGGUACGCCAAUCUGUAGAGAGAUGACUAGCUCUACUUUCUAUAGGUACGCCAAUCUGUAGAGAUGACUAGCUCUACUUUCUAUAGGUACGCCAAUCUGUAGAGAGAUGACUAGCUCUACUUUCUAUAGGUACGCCAAUCUGUAGAGAGCUGACUAGCUCUACUUUCUAUAGGUACGCCAAUCUGUAGAGAGAUGACUAGCUCUACUUUCUAUAGGUACGCCAAUCUGUAGAGAUGACUAGCUCUACUUUCUAUAGGUACGCCAAUCUGUAGAGAUGACUAGCUCUACUUUCUAUAGGUACGCCAAUCUGUAGAGAUGACUAGCUCUACUUUCUAUAGGUACGCCAAUCUGUAGAGAGAUGACUAGCUCUACUUUCUAUAGGUACGCCAAUCUGUAGAGAGAUGACUAGCUCUACUUUCUAUAGGUACGCCAAUCUGUAGAGAGAUGACUAGCUCUACUUUCUAUAGGUACGCCAACCUGUAGAGAUGACUAGCUCUACUUUCUAUAGGUACGCCAAUCUGUAGAGAUGACUAGCUCUACUUUCUAUAGGUACACCAAUCUGUAGAGAUGACUAGCUCUACUUUCUAUAGGUACGCCAAUCUGUAGAGAUGACUAGCUCUACUUUCUAUAGGUACGACUAGCUCUACUUUCUAUAGGUACGCCAACCUGUAGAGAUGACUAGCUCUACUUUCUAUAGGUACGCCAAUCUGUAGAGAGAUGACUAGCUCUACUUUCUAUAGGUACACCAAUCUGUAGAGAUGACUAGCUCUACUUUCUAUAGGUACGCCAAUCUGUAGAGAGCUGACUAGCUCUACUUUCUAUAGGUACGCCAACCUGUAGAGAUGACUAGCUCUACUUUCUAUAGGUACGCCAAUCUGUAGAGAUGACUAGCUCUACUUUCUAUAGGUACACCAAUCUGUAGAGAUGACUAGCUCUACUUUCUAUAGGUACGCCAAUCUGUAGAGAUGACUAGCUCUACUUUCUAUAGGUACGACUAGCUCUACUUUCUAUAGGUACGCCAAUCUGUAGAGAUGACUAGCUCUACUUUCUAUAGGUACGCCAAUCUGUAGAGAUGACUAGCUCUACUUUCUAUAGGUACGACUAGCUCUACUUUCUAUAGGUACGCCAAUCUGUAGAGAUGACUAGCUCUACUUUCUAUAGGUACGCCAAUCUGUAGAGAUGACUAGCUCUACUUUCUAUAGGUACGACUAGCUCUACUUUCUAUAGGUACGCCAAUCUGUAGAGAUGACUAGCUCUACUUUCUAUAGGUACGACUAGCUCUACUUUCUAUAGGUACGCCAACCUGUAGAGAUGACUAGCUCUACUUUCUAUAGGUAUGCCAAUCUGUAGAGAUGACUAGCUCUACUUUCUAUAGGUACGCCAAUCUGUAGAGAUGACUAGCUCUACUUUCUAUAGGUACGACUAGCUCUACUUUCUAUAGGUACGCCAAUCUGUAGAGAGAUGACUAGCUCUACCUUCUAUAGGUACGCCAAUCUGUAGAGAGAUGACUAGCUCUACCUUCUAUUGGUACGCCAAUCUGUAGAGAUGACUAGCUCUACCUUCUAUAGGUACGCCAAUCUGUAGAGAGAUGACUAGCUCUACUUUCUAUAGGUACGCCAAUCUGUAGAGAGAUGACUAGCUCUACUUUCUAUAGGUACGCCAAUCUGUAGAGAUGACUAGCUCUACUUUCUAUAGGUACACCAAUCUGUAGAGAUGACUAGCUCUACCUUCUAUAGGUACGCCAAUCUGUAGAGAGAUGACUAGCUCUACUUUCUAUAGGUACGCCAAUCUGUAGAGAUGACUAGCUCUACUUUCUAUAGGUACGCCAAUCUGUAGAGAGAUGACUAGCUCUACUUUCUAUAGGUACGCCAAUCUGUAGAGAGCUGACUAGCUCUACUUUCUAUAGGUACGCCAAUCUGUAGAGAGAUGACUAGCUCUACUUUCUAUAGGUACGCCAAUCUGUAGAGAUGACUAGCUCUACUUUCUAUAGGUACGCCAAUCUGUAGAGAUGACUAGCUCUACUUUCUAUAGGUACGCCAAUCUGUAGAGAUGACUAGCUCUACUUUCUAUAGGUACGCCAAUCUGUAGAGAGAUGACUAGCUCUACUUUCUAUAGGUACGCCAAUCUGUAGAGAGAUGACUAGCUCUACUUUCUAUAGGUACGCCAAUCUGUAGAGAGAUGACUAGCUCUACUUUCUAUAGGUACGCCAACCUGUAGAGAUGACUAGCUCUACUUUCUAUAGGUACGCCAAUCUGUAGAGAUGACUAGCUCUACUUUCUAUAGGUACACCAAUCUGUAGAGAUGACUAGCUCUACUUUCUAUAGGUACGCCAAUCUGUAGAGAUGACUAGCUCUACUUUCUAUAGGUACGACUAGCUCUACUUUCUAUAGGUACGCCAACCUGUAGAGAUGACUAGCUCUACUUUCUAUAGGUACGCCAAUCUGUAGAGAGAUGACUAGCUCUACUUUCUAUAGGUACACCAAUCUGUAGAGAUGACUAGCUCUACUUUCUAUAGGUACGCCAAUCUGUAGAGAGCUGACUAGCUCUACUUUCUAUAGGUACGCCAACCUGUAGAGAUGACUAGCUCUACUUUCUAUAGGUACGCCAAUCUGUAGAGAUGACUAGCUCUACUUUCUAUAGGUACACCAAUCUGUAGAGAUGACUAGCUCUACUUUCUAUAGGUACGCCAAUCUGUAGAGAUGACUAGCUCUACUUUCUAUAGGUACGACUAGCUCUACUUUCUAUAGGUACGCCAAUCUGUAGAGAGAUGACUAGCUCUACUUUCUAUAGGUACGCCAAUCUGUAGAGAGAUGACUAGCUCUACUUUCUAUAGGUACGCCAAUCUGUAGAGAUGACGAGCUCUACUUUCUAUAGGUACGCCAAUCUGUAGAGAGAUGACUAGCUCUACUUUCUAUAGGUACGCCAAUCUGUAGAGAUGACUAGCUCUACCUUCUAUAGGUACGCCAAUCUGUAGAGAGAUGACUUGCUCUACUUUCUAUAGGUACGCCAAUCUGUAGAGAGAUGACUAGCUCUACUUUCUAUAGUUACGCCAAUCUGUAGAGAUGACGAGCUCUACUUUCUAUAGGUACGCCAAUCUGUAGAGAUGACUAGCUCUACUUUCUAUAGGUACGCCAAUCUGUAGAGAGAUGACUAGCUCUACUUUCUAUAGGUACGCCAAUCUGUAGAGAGAUGACUAGCUCUACUUUCUAUAGGUACGCCAAUCUGUAGAGAGAUGACUAGCUCUACUUUCUAUAGGUACGCCAAUCUGUAGAGAUGACUAGCUCUACCUUCUAUAGGUACGCCAAUCUGUAGAGAGAUGACUAGCUCUACUUUCUAUAGGUACGCCAAUCUGUAGAGAGAUGACUAGCUCUACUUUCUAUAGGUACGCUAAUCUGUAGAGAUGACUAGCUCUACUUUCUAUAGGUACGCCAAUCUGUAGAGAGAUGACUAGCUCUACUUUCUAUAGGUACGCCAAUCUGUAGAGAGAUGACUAGCUCUACUUUCUAUAGGUACGCCAAUCUGUAGAGAGAUGACUAGCUCUACUUUCUAUAGGUACGCCAAUCUGUAGAGAGAUGACUAGCUCUACUUUCUAUAGGUACGCCAAUCUGUAGAGAGAUGACUAGCUCUACUUUCUAUAGGUACGCCAAUCUGUAGAGAGAUGACUAGCUCUACUUUCUAUAGGUACGCCAAUUUGUAGAGAGAUGACUAGCUCUACUUUCUAUAGGUACGCCAAUCUGUAGAGAUGACUAGCUCUACUUUCUAUAGGUACGCCAAUCUGCAGAGAGCUCUGAAGUAAUCGACAAGUCUGUAUGGCACCAUAUACACACGCACAGUCCACUCCUUUAUGAACUCAACCUGUGACUGAUUAAGCAUCCAUUUACAAUUUUCCCAAAACAUCUAUAUUACUUGAGUGUUUUCUGUCGCUUGGCUAUGGACGCUAUCCACAGAUCUUCUCUGGAUUGUUAUGAAACGGGGUCCACUUUGUCAAAAUAAUAAAGUCACGUUGCAUGGUGUUAGUUGCACAAUAGCAGAGAGAGCAGACCUGGCGAAUGUAUGAUUAAAGCUUUUUUUAUUA